AUGUCUGAGCCCACACCUCGCCGCACCACAUCAGAGCUAGAUAUAAGGUCCUUACGCCGCAUCGGUGACGCCCUAUUACUUGCUCAAAACCGUGCGCGUCGCGCCACAGAUCGUGCAAAUCAUACCGAACACGUAUUACGUCUUGUACUGGCCCAAGUCGAUUUCUCUAGGAUACAUGUUGCUCACAGUCUACGACGACAAAGUGCUUUAUUUAACGACAUUUUCGCGUCAAAAGGUGCAGCCAUGUCCAUGACAUCCUCAUCCUUAAUUUUUUCUUUUUGCCUGGAGAAUAUGGCCAAGGACGUGGUGACCAAUUUAAACACAGCGAUGACUCGACAUAAACGCUAUGUGGAUGGUUUAACACUACCAACGCUUCACUUUUCGCUCUGGAAUUACAAGGACAGAGGGUUCUUUGGUCCUAUGUAUUUUGUGGCUGGACUUUUGGCUGGAGUUGUAGUAGGCAUUGUAUUGACAAAGCAGUGGCAGCUGCAGUAUAUACAUACGCAUAAAGAGACACCAUCACUUUUUGGCAAGCUGACAAAAUGGUGUAGUCGAUAUUCGUCUGUGGCUGGGACGCCGUGGCAUUUAACUUCAAUGCCAGUGGAUGAAUACGGCUUCCUGACGUACCCUGCGACGUUUGAAGUCGUGUAA